AUGAUUCAACCGGAACUUUUUGCAGAGUUCGUCCCCGAGAGCAGUUUGGCAGCUUUCCAGCGUUGCACAAGCCAGCAACAAGCGAAGCACUUUUUGCAAACCGUGCUGUCCCCGGCUUUGGACGUCAUUUCCGUGGAAAAGAAGGAGGUUCUCGAUGCACGUGUCCCAGUGCUACGGCUGAGCUUGCGCCCAGUGCUGGAUGCAACCGAAGCAGACGACGAGCAGAGGGUGGACGUGUGCCUGAGCCCCGAAGGAUGGCUGAAGGCGGAGCACUUUUACGAGAAGUUUGCUUCCAGUCCUGCAGCGUACGGCGUGAUUUUGCUGCUCACGACAUGGGCACGAGGUGUGGGCUUGGUGCUUUCCAGUGGUGCACAGGCAGCCGCUGCAGGAGCUGGAGAAGCAGCACUUGUGCCAGGAGAGUGGCAGGCACUGCUGCUGUUCUUGUUGGAGACGGAUGACGCUUUACAGAAGACUGUUGCGCAAUGUGCCCGGCCCUCCGGACUCCGAACUGCAAAAGUGGAAGCUCGGCUGGUGCAGCUGAUGGACUUCGCACAGAGCGCAGCACGCCAAGACUGCAUGGACCUGGGGAGGCUGCUGCAUGCUUUCCUGGCAGCUUUGAGGAACUUGAAAGAGGAAGCUGUCCGAAUUGAAUGGCCCAUCAAG